UCCCCGUAUCCAGCGUAAUCCAGGUGGCCAUUGGAGUUGAUCUUCCCAAAAUCUUCAAAGCUUGCCAACUUCCAUCUUCCAUCACCACAUCCCUCCCUCCCGUUUCGUCUCGUCUCUCUCCCUAUCUUUUCUCAUCACAAUCAUAUCACACCCUCUCUCAGCACUUUAUUCACAUUCCUUCUCUUGGGAUUCAGAUAUUUACACAACAGCUUUGCAGCCUCUUUCAAUCCUCUCAUUUACCCUCCUUUUGUUAGUCGCAAAAGUCCACGCAAUCAUCCAAAAAAAGAAGAACGCAACUACCACCAGCACCACCACCACGCACGCACACACACACCACCACCAAUUUUUUGGUCAAAAUUAACAAGCAACUCGAGUGCCCACCCCCACUACACUGGCUGUCGCCUCAACUUUCAAUUCGGUUCUUCCUAAUUAAGUUCAGGAUCGAUUCCUACUUUUGGUCGCAUCCCAACGUACAAUCUUACAGCUUAGGUAGAGGUAGCCCAAUAUGGAGCACCAACAGCCUGCUCCCCAGGCGGGAGGCGUGCCCGGACCUACCGGCCGUCGACUUCAUAUCGCCCAUCGUAGGAGCCCUUCUGAGCUAACCCCGCUGAUGAGCAUGUUCGCAAACCCUGGAAUGGAGCAACUUGCUAUUCAACAGCAGAUCGAGUUGUUGCAGCAGCAGCAGCAACAGAUACAGGCCACACAACAGCAGUACAUGAAUAUGGGAAUGAUGCAGCCCGGCCAGCUAGGUCCUGGCGGUUCUUUCAAUCCCUUGCAGCCAGGCAUGGCAAAUAUGUCACCACAGACGGCUUUUCAGUUCCCCAACCAGCUUCCACAGCAGCAGAACGUUCCUAUGGGACCAAGUCAACCCAUGUCACACCGUCGUAACCAAUCGGCUCUCCCCAACAUGGGUUUGGGACCUCCACCGGCUCCUUCGGCUGGAGCCUCCGGGUCCAACUUUGGGCAAUUUGAUAACUCUUCUGGUCAGCAGAACCGCGAAAAUGCAUCUCGAGGAGGGCGAGGUGGAGGCGCCGGUCACCAGCGAAGACAUUCUUUAGCCCUGGCAGACGCCAAAAAAGCUGCUGAAAUUGCUCAGCAAAAACGAACAACCUCGGGUUUUCAGUUCCCCGCCGCGGGAGCUCCGGAAAGCUCUAAUGCCGACGAACCCAAGCCUGCCGCUGCGGAUACCCCUAUAGCACAGGGUUCAUCCAACCGCGGCGGACGUGGCGGACAUGGACGAAGUCAGAGCAUGGCCUCCAAUUCUCGUGGCGGCGCUCGUGGCGGCGGCUCCAUGCACGGCAACAAUAAUGAGUCUACUGACUUUGGUGGUCGCCGUAGCAGUGUCGUAAGCGGUGGCAGCGGUGGCGGCGGCGGCCAUGCUCGCACUUCCUCGCGCAACUUUGAGGGCAACUGGCGUAACCAGCAGCAGGGCCAGAACCAGGGUCAGGAGCAAACUGGUCAGGGCCAGCCAGGGUUCCAGCCAGGCCAUCGUAACCGUGGCUCAGUGAGCCAGCAGUCCAUCUCGAAUAUCGGGGCAUUCCAAUACCCUGGCCAACCCCAGCUUAUGCAACUUCCUGGGCAGAUGCCAAUGAUGCAAAUGUAUCCUGGUCAGCAGCUUAACCCUAUGCAGCUCAACCAGCUUCAAGCCCUCCAAGCUGCUCAGAUGAAUGGUCAGCAUCUCGUUGGUCUUCAAGGGAGCCAGCAUGCACCACAACUCGGCGGCCAGCAGUCGCAGCAGCAACAGAGGAAGACUCUCUUUACCCCAUAUCUUCCCCAGGCCACCUUGCCCGCACUGCUGGGUGAUGGACAGCUUGUUUCGGGUAUUCUCCGAGUGAACAAGAAGAAUCGCAGCGAUGCGUACGUGUCUACUUCGGAUGGCCUACUUGAUGCGGACAUCUUUAUUUGCGGUAGCAAGGACCGCAACCGAGCCCUAGAGGGCGACCUAGUUGCUGUUGAGCUUCUUGACGUUGACGAAGUAUGGUCUCAGAAGCGCGAGAAAGAAGAAAAGAAAAAGAGGAAGGAUAUUACUGAUACUCGUUCUGGAUCUACUAACGGCAAUGCUCAGUCUACUUCUGGCAACGGAGAAGAAGCUGCCAACGGCGAAGGCGGAAUCCGUCGACGUGGCAGUCUUCGACAGAGGCCUACACAGAAGAAGAAUGAUGACGUCGAGGUGGAAGGACAGAGUCUUCUCCUCGUUGAAGAGGAGGAAAUCAAUGAUGAAUCCAAACCUCUAUAUGCAGGACACAUUGUUGCUGUCAUCGAACGUGUUGCCGGCCAAAUGUUUUCUGGCACGCUUGGUCUGUUGCGCCCUAGCUCUCAAGCGACGAAGGAAAAGCAGGAGGCCGAACGAGCCGCCCGAGACGGCGGUCGGUCUCAUGAUAGUCGCCAACAAGACAAGCCCAAGAUCGUUUGGUUUAAGCCUACUGAUAAGCGUGUUCCUCUUAUUGCAAUUCCUACUGAGCAAGCGCCCCGAGACUUUGUUGAGAAGCAUCAGGACUAUGCCGAUCGCAUAUUUGUUGCAUGCAUCAAGCGUUGGCCCAUCACAUCGCUGCAUCCCUUCGGAACCCUUGUUGAACAACUGGGUAAGAUGGGCGAUUUGAAGGUCGAAACUGACGCUCUUUUGCGCGACAACAACUUCUCAUCUGAUGAGUUCUCUGAAGCUGUGCUCCGGAGCGUUGGCCUUCAGGAUUGGUCUAUCGCUAAAGAAGACGAAGCUGUUGUUAGCUCACGCCGAGACUUCCGCGGCGAGAAGACGUUUACAUUGAACCUGGCCGGGACCGGAGAGCUUGGCAGUGCCGUUCACGUCAAGACCGAGUCUGACGGAAAGAUUGAGAUCGGUGUUCAUGUACCUGAUGUUACUCAUUUUGUCAAGCCAAACUCACUCGUCGACCGAGAAGCUAAGAAGCGCGGCACUGCCGUCCAUCUUGUCAACCGCACCUGCGCACUGCUCCCCCCAAGGAUUGCUGCAGAGCUUUGCACACUUAGCCCCGGUGAAGAUAGACUCACUGUCAGUGUUGUUUUCCGGGUUAACCCUAUGACCGGUGUAGUGGCUGAGGGUGACACUUGGAUUGGCAAGAGUAUCAUCAAGAGCAGCGCGACGUUGGCUCUGAAGGAACUCGACGAUGCUCUUGCAAACCAAGCUGGAUACAAGCACGACACCGUUCAAGUUAAGGAUGUCCAGAUACUGAAUGCUGUCGCGCAGAAAUUCCGCGAGUCACGCUUAGGUUCCGAGGGCGAGCCUAUGGCCCCUCUUCGGCUACUUCACCAGCUUGAUGAUGAGAAUAUUCCUAUCCAACAUAACAUCUUUGAUGCUACGCCUGGCACUGAACUUGUUGAAGAGCUUCUUCACAAAGUCAAUGCGUCUGUCGCGCAAAAACUUGCCCAAGGCCUGCCUGAGAAGGCUCUGCUCCGUCGUCAGUCAGCACCAAAUGCUCGACGCUUACAGACCUUCGUCGAACGCAUGCGGGCGCUUGGAUAUGACAUGGAUACCACUAGCAGCGGCACGCUUCAAAACAGCCUGUUCAAGAUUGACGACUCCGAAAUUCGUAAGGGUAUGGAGACUCUCCUGCUAAAGAGUAUGCACCACGCCAAGUACUACAUUACUGGCAAGACUAACAGACAACUCUGGCCCCACUAUGCUUUGAAUCUUCCCCUUUACACUCAUUUCACAGCCCCCACAAGACGCUAUGCCGACAUCAUUGUCCAUCGUCAGCUGGAAGCUGUUCUUUCCGAAGGCAAGGUUGACUACAAUGAUGAUAUUGAGAAUCUGGUGAAGACGAUUGAAUCUUGUAACACCAAGAAAGAAUCCGCACAGAACGCUCAAGAACAAAGCAUUCACAUCGAGUCUUGCAGAAUCAUGGACAAGAAACGCCAGGAGGUGAAUGGCGAUCUCAUUAGCGAAGGCAUUGUAAUCUGUGUUUAUGAAUCUGCCUUUGACGUCUUGAUCCCGGAGUGGGGCUUUGAAAAGCGAGUACACUGCGAUCAGCUACCGCUCAAGAAGGCCGAGUUCCGAAAGGAGAAGAGGGUCUUGGAGCUUUACUGGGAGAAGGGUGUCCCGAGCUCAGCAUACGUACCGGAAGAUGAAAGACCCAAGGCAGCUGCUUCACAGCGCAUGUCGAAUGCGAUGGCAGCCGCUAGGCAGGCCGAAGAGGCUGAGAGGGCCAAGAAGGAGCGAGAGGAGGCUACACGAAAGCAAACGGAGACGGGAACCAUAUCGGCAGACGAGGUAAACGCUUUGUUUGACGACGACGACGACAAUGCUUCGGAUAUCACCGAGGCUAUGGCUGGCGCGUCAUUGGCAGAACGCCCGACUCAAAGUGUUCCGGGUUCUCCAGCCCGAUCCACGUCUAACCCAGGUGUCCUUCACCGGACCAGGUCAGACUCGAAGGUACCCAUGGCGGAAGCUGUGGAAACCCGACUCACGAACAAGGAGAAGUACUUCAAAUUAUUCGCCCUGAGAGAAGAAGGCGGUGAUUACAUUCAAGAUGUAACGGAAAUGACCAGAGUACCCGUGAUCCUCAAGACGGAUCUUAGCAAGAGCCCACCUUGCUUGACCAUCCGUUCGCUCAACCCGUAUGCUCUGUAAGGGGCUUUUUGCCCGGAGACAUGAAGGAGUAAUGAGCAUGAUAGAGCACUGAAGCAUUUGGCAUGUUGUUUGAAUUGAGUAGAGCGAAAUAGCAAACAGCGGAAAAGUAGGGUAGAUUGACAGGCCGUUUCCUUGGCCGGCAACCCAACGAAGUGCAUCUCUUAACUGUGUUGAUAAAAGUGGAUUAUUUUGGAGAUAGGCAGAGGAAACUUAGUUAACUGCCAGUCAACAGAGAUAUACGAGGUUGUGCCAACAAGAAAGCAUUUAUCUACGUCUUUGCAAUCGCGAUGACAUGAUUAACACUUCAAGGCCAAACAGAGUAGAACAGAACAGAACAGAACAGAACAGAGCAAAGUAGAGCAACUCGACUAAGAUAUAAGCAUUUAGUAAUUCGUGAAGAAGG